AUGGAUAUAAGAUCUAUUGGUUUUGUUGUGCUUCCAAUUUAUUGUUUUUUCUUGUUUUUAAAUAAGCGUUUUCAAAUUGAGUUAGAAUUAGAAUUGUAUAUAUUACUAUGUAAACUAUGUUAUUGUGGUUUAACUAGUACAUUAUAUGAAACAAAGAAUCAAUCAUUGUCAUAUACUUUGUUUCCUACCGAUGAUAUAGAUUUAAAAGAGGUUUCCAAGAAUAAGAAAAGUGGCUCAAAUCAACGUAGAAAAAUUAAGUGUAUUAUUGAUGGAUGCUCUGAAGAAACCCUUGAUCUUCCCAGGGAUUUACGUAGCAAAAAACAUAAAAACAUUCCAGAAGAUUAUAUAAAAAAAGCAUUAACUCGUUUUAACUUAAGGAAAAGGUCAUCUGAGUUAAAUCAUUUUAAUGAGUGUCCUAUUCCUGGUUGUUUCAGUGCAGUAAUCAGAGUAGAUGAUCACCUGAAAAAUGGGCUUAAAUCAUCUGAUGAAAGUUAUAAAAGUUUAUUAAAAAAAUCAGCAAUAUUCCCAUUAAAUGAUACUUUUACAAUCAAUUUAUUAUCUCCAAAAAAAUAUAAUAAAAAUGAAAUGUUAGGGACAGUCAAGUUGUUGAAUGACAACAGUCAGAAAGAAUCUUUUGUUUCUAAUAACAAUUUGCAACCUAUACUUGAUCCAGUUAAUUCCUUGGCAGAAGAUAAUGCAUCUAAAAUACAAAAUGUUUCAUCUUUCACAGCAUCUAAAGAAUUAGUUAAUGUUGAUGUUCUUUUAGCAGAUAGUGCUAAAACAAUAGCAGAUAGCAGAAAGGUGCCUACAAUCCUUGAUUCAGAUAAAGAUGACACUGAUAAUGAAGAUGAAGGUUCUGAAGAAAAUGACACUGAUGAAUCUUUUUUGGCAGAAGAUUUUUUUUUACCACUUCAUAAUUGUAUAAAUCUAUUUCUUGAAAAAUUCUUAAACUUUUUACUUGGUCCUGAAAAUUUACGUUAAAAAAGUUCUGCAAAUAGAACUUUAGCGAUGUAAAGAGAUUCUUUUGUCUUGUAGAAGUCAAAGAAAAUAUUUCUGAUGUUUUUAAUGUUGAAACAGUUCGAGGUGUACAUAUUCCAAAACUUGUGGCUAAUGACUUGAAACCUGGCUCUAUCAAAAAGUAUCUGUUUUCAUUAAUUGACCUCUGUGACUUUUUGUUGAUAGAUAGUUCUGCAUUACUCCUUUCAAAAUGUAACUGCUUAGAUAUAAACCAUCUAAAACUAAGUAUUAACAAAUGGAGAAAAACUUACAAUAAAGCAGACAGAAGGAAUUUUUGGUUAAGACA